GCUUGCAUGAGCAAUCUCGUCGGAUUACGCUUACGGGGAACUUUGUCUGCACUGCCCAGAAUAGACUUAGUGUCGGUAUUUGUUUGCUUGCCGGUACCAGCAAGCAGGAGAGAUCCUGGGACGCUUUUCCUGAUGGAAUGGUUGUGCUCCAGGGUAUAAUUGGAGCGUCUGAUCAAGUUUGUUGCAGUUGAUUAUGGUCGCGCUGAUGGGAGGCGUAGUUGGAGUGAGCAGUGAAGUGAGAAACGUGCGCGCAAGGUGCGCUGUGAGGUGGCUUUUGUGGUGGAGUGUGUUAGGUGUGUGGUGGAGUGACUAGGGUUGGUGGUGCAGGGCAUCACGGAGGAGAAAAAUUACCGACAUUCGCGACUGCUGGAGCGGUUUUAUUGUGACUCGUGAAGUAGUGGUACCGUAAUUUUUUGUUGAGUGAAGUAGGCAACCUCCAGAGCUGCACGGGAUCGGCUGAUUACAACCCUUGCUAGCUUUUAAUCCUGAAGUUCCAGAUUGUCGACCUUGUUAUCGCAUUUGCGGAGCUGGUUGUUAAGAACCUCGUUUUCUCGUCAAUAUCCAUGUUAGCGAAACGUUGCUUCUGGUUUAGUGCGCAUGAAGCACUUGCAUACUUUAUCUACAUCCCGGAGUUGUAACGUUGAAGGAUAACAGAGCCUGCAAGUAUCUGUAUAAAUUUAGCACUUAGGAGUUUGUAUCUCUCAUCGACAGCUUUCCACUGGAGUUUUACAUGUUCGCACCGAAUAGAUUGUGUUGUUAGAACCUGUACCCUUCAACGCUGUGGAGUGGAUUGUGCUGUGCUGUCAGUAAGUUUAAUGUCUUCCGAUACACCUGAAUGACCAGUGGGUGCUGUCGUAUCACUGGCACCACCGCUACCAUUGACAAUAAGUCCUGUUAUCUUUCAGUAUUGUUCAAACUUGCAGGAUCUUAGUCUUAAAAUUAUGUGCAGUCUUGCGUUUUCAAUUUAAGUUAGCUCAGCAUCAUGCAAACAAUCCCUCGGCUUCAAUUUGAGCGAUUCAGCCACAUGAUUGGGAUGCCCUCUGGUGUCAGUUGGCUGAUCUCUGUGUUCUCAAUAUGGAAUUAUGAUUUGAUGGCGGAAAGAACAACAAAUUUGAGAAUUGCAAUUGAAGUAGCUACAUAUUUCAAAGGGCAGUAAUUUUUUGCCUAACAAAAACUUGAGCACAACAAAGUUAGAUUCAAAAACUAGAACUGCAGCUUUGCCAUCGGUAGUAAUGGCGGACGUAGCGUCUCGCUGUCAGAGCCAGUUGGGCUCAUUUCGCAUCAGGGAACUGAAAGAUGUCCUGGCGCGACUGGGUCUUCCUAAACAAGGAAAGAAGCAGAUCCUCAUUGACAAGAUCAUGGAUUUGAUCAAUCCUGCAGAGAAGGAAUCGCUAGCGAAAGCAGGCUCUAAAAGUAGCAAAAAAGCCAUUUCAGGAGAUGAAGCAAUUGCUAUUGUUGACGAGCAAUACAGGAAACUUCGAAGUAUUGGAACUGAUUUAUCUAGGCAUAAAUCUGCUAAGUCUGCAUCCAGCAGUGGAUAUCCUUCACCUGGGCUUGAUGAAAGUCGUUGUCCUUGUGGAAGUAGCGUGGAAGCUGGACGCAUGAUUCAGUGUGAUAGUCAUGGAUGUCGGAUCUGGCAACAUAGGAGUUGCGUCGAUUUUCCCAAGAAGCCAAAAGAUGGAGUUCCAGUUGAGACUCCGCCAAAUUUCUACUGCGAGCUUUGCCGCAUAUCUCAGGGAGAUCCAUUUUGUGAAGCACUUUUUCACCCUCUGCUGCCUGUAAAGUUUCCUUCUUCCACAGCCAAAUCGGAGAGAGCUAUUACUCUACAGAGCAUAGAUGAGCAGUUUACUUUGAGUCUUGCGCACCAGGAACUGCUUCAGAGUCCAAAUUACGAUCUGCAGGUCUGGUGUGUGCUCUUGAGUGACAAGGUUUCCUUUCGCAUGCACUGGCCUCUUUCAGCUGUUUUACGUGUUAAUGAUGCAAAUGUGCGGGUUACUAAUCGACCUGCUGAACAACCUUUAGGCGCAAAUAGUCGAGAUGAAGGACAUAGUAUCACUUCAUAUACCAGAGAGGGACUGAACAGGCUGAACAUGUCAUGUGAUGAUGCUCGCCCAUUCUGUUUAGGAGUGCGAAUCAUCCGCCGCCGUUCCCUUGAGGAGGUUAUGGACAUGAUUCCAAAUGAGAAGGAUGGAGAGCCUUUUGACGAGGCCGUAGCUCGAGUACGGCGAUGUAUAAAUGGAGGGGGUGGUCAGGGAUUAGGCAGUGAUGAUGACGGUGCCGAUAGCGAUUUGGAAAUUGUGGCGGAGUCUCUCACUGUUAACUUGCGCUGCCCGAUGAGUGGGUCCCAAAUCAAAGUUGCAGGUCGUUUUAAGCCAUGCCCACACAUGGGUUGCUUUGAUCUUGAUACAUAUGUGGAAAUGAAUCAGCGAACGCGGAAGUGGCAAUGUCCUAUUUGUUUGAAGAACUACUCUAUAGAACAUCUGAUCAUCGACCCUUUUUUCAAUCGGAUUACAAAUGCGUUGAGAACUCUGGAUGAAGACGUCACUGAGGUGGAGCUCAAAGCUGAUGGCUCGUGGCGGCCCAAACUGGAAGGGAAUGUUAAGAACGGAGAGCCUUGGAGUCCAUCACCAGCGGCUGCCGUAGCAAUUGUCUCUAAUGGGAACAAAUCAGCACCUGUUCUAUUUUCUAGCCAUCAUGUCAAAAUUGAGGCGGGCCGUUCUUCUCAUGAUCAUGGCUCUUUGCAAUUGAAAUGGACACCUGAAGUUCAGAGAGUCGUGAAUGGCAGGAAUUACCGAAAUGGUGGCCCAAGCCUGCAAGUUAUGCCCUUGCCCAGACUUUCAAGAAGUAGCAGCGCGACUGGUAGCAAUCUUAAAGUAGGCGAGGAUGAAAAUAGUGUAAAUCAAGAUGCAAGUGAGAAAAACACUGUAUCCAUGGAUGACACCGAUGUGGAAUUCUUAUCAAUACUUCAGGAAGCAGCUAGAGGAACGUGGCAAGCCAGUGGUGAUGAUCCUGCGAAUGGAGGUGAUAUAAUAGUUCUCAGUGAUUCAGAUGAUGGAGAAGAUGAAGUAACAGUUGUCGGGUCUUCUCAUGUUUCGAUGUACUCGGACGUCAUCGGCAAUGGAGGAGUUCGUUUCUCAGAGGGUAGGGUACCCAAUGAUAUAAAUGGUGAUCCAUCACGGUUUGCCCUUGGUUUAGGGCAAUAUGAGUACUAUGGGUCACAAACAGAGGCGGUUGCGCUGCAACAUCCUCCUUUGCAACCAACACCAGUGGAAGUUGUAGGAAGUUCCGAUUUCCUGUGCACUUCUUUGAUCGGGAAUGAUCCAUCGCAAUUAGACUGGGAAAGUUUUGGGCAGUCACAUACCCCCACACUUUAUGAAGUUAUUGAUAGCGAGAGUAUAGACAUUAACAAAGAUGGUUCGCCUUUGCAAAAUCUUCUCCCAUCCCAACCAGCUCGAUCUGAGGUCCAAGAAAAUUUACGGGACCUAACACUCCCUGCAGAAGUUAUGGACAACUCUUGGUUUUCACUUAGCCUUGGCGGGAUAGGAAAUGUGGUAAAACCAACUCCAGAACGAAGUUUAUUUACUACUUCAAUAGAAUGGUGUUCGCCAAUUUCUCAACCAGGAGUCAAUGAAUACGAUCCUCAUGGUCUGGGUAGCAAUGGAUCAUCCCAACACCUAAUGGACUCAAGACAUCCAUUGCGCGGUCAUUUUACCGCAGACGGUUAUCCUUUUCCAGUAAGGCCCUGCAGUGGCCACAUUCAUGCACGGAGAGUUUCCCGUUAAGUUCGGAUGGAUAAUUCGAAGUAGCUUAGAGGUUCCUACUUUCGUCUGUUAGCAGGGCGUGUCAAGAUUGGGCAAAUUGCUUCUCGAUUUCCCUCCGACAUCGAUCCUUCCAUGCAGCAGCUGUUGUACUAUAACGAAGCAGAGCUAUUCUGAUGGGAAUGAAAGGAAUAUAAUGGACAUCCGGGUCAGGCGGAUUUGCUGGACAUCAUUUCCAGUUUCUGCUCUACUUCCGCUCUGUUGUCGGUACCUAAUUUUCUCGCAGUAACUUUUGUACACGAUAAUUUCUUUAUUAUUAACAAAUAAUUAUGACAUUUGGCUCA